UGUGAACUGUCGGUAGUCAGACCCUCCCCCUCGCCUCGCGAGCUCGCGGCGUCGCCGUCUCCCUUCACAAAAAACCCACCUCGAUCUCUGCUCCAAGAAACUUCUCUUCCUCCUCGACCUCCUCCUCCUCCCACGCCAUUGCCGCUCUCCAAGAUCUCGCCUCUGCUCACUGGAACCAACUCGGAGGGCGGCCACGGGAGCCUCGCAUUGGGCGACGGGGUUUGGUGGAGCUCGAGCCGUUGCGUUGGAUCUGACCGGGGAGGAACGUCGCGUUUGGCGGCGGAGGCGGCGAGUCCAAGAAGUGAGAGAGGGUGGUGUGGCGGCGGCGAGGAUGGCGCGGGGGGGAGGAGGGGGAGGAGGGGUGGUGCGGUUGCCGCCGAUGAACGCGCUGGAGAUCCUGCGGGAGACGGUGCGGGUGCUGCGGGCGGACCCGCACGCGUUCACGUCGGUGCUCUUCUUCCUGCUCUGCCCGGCGUCGGGGUGCCUCCUGCUGUCCGCCGCCGCGCUGGAGGGCGCCGCCGUGCUCCCGCUCGCGCGGAGGCUGCUCGCCGCUGCGGCGGCGUCGGGGCUCCCGCUCACGCAUUUCGUCAGGCAGCUGGCGCACCACCUCGCCGCCACCCUCGUCGCGUCCGUCGUGUCGUUCCCGGCGACGUUCACGCUCCUCCUCGCCGCCCGCGCCGCCGCCGCGUACGCGGUCGCGGCCGUCUACGCGGGCAAGCCGCUCCUCGCCGGCGCGGAGCUCUCCCUCCUCGCGCGCCGCGCGUGGCCGCGCCUCGCCGCCACGUACGCGCUCGCGUGCGCCGCCGUCAUCGCCUGCCUCUCCUCCUUCCUCGCUCUCCUCGUCACCGCGUGUUCCACGCUCAAGUUCAUGCUCUACCCGCCCGACAUCGUCGUCUGCGCCGGCCUCCUCACCGUUCUUGCCUUCUCCGUGGCGUACGCGCACACCAUCAUAGUGUGCAACCUCGGCGGUGUCAUCGCCGUUCUUGAGGACAUCGCCGGAGUCAGCGCGCUGCGCCGGUCAGUGCAGCUGAUGCGCGGGCAGACGCAUGUCGGCUUGCUCAUCUUUCUUGGAUCCACCAUUGGCCUCGCCUUCGUGGAGGGGCUGUUUGAGCACAGGGUGAAGACACUGAGCUAUGGUGAUGGCUCAUCAAGGCUCUGGGAGGGGCCAUUGCUUGUCCUCAUGUACUCCUUCGUGAUGCUCAUCGACUCGAUGAUGAGUGUCGUGUUCUACUUCACUUGCCGAUCAUCGAGCAUGGAGAUCUUGGAUGAUGAGGGCGGCUCGAUUGAGGAGCUUGAGAUGAUGGUGGGUAGCAAUUCAGUCAUCAGGUGAUGAAGAAUUUCUCAGAGUCAUAGGUAUAUCUGCUCAUACUGGGGAAUAAGUGAGGUGGGCAGUGUCCGCUUUCGGCGAAGAAUGACUGGUGGUGGAUCGCACGCCAUGACUAUACAAUGCAUUGUGUUUGAAUGGUUGAUUUUGAUGGUGAAAGAACUUUGCAAGCAUUUGGAUUCCCCACUCCUCAUGCUAUGGCGGAUUCACGAGAGAAGACGGGAAGGAGAAUAGGAGAUCCAUGAUGGGUUGUGUUCUUAACCAAUCCCAAGUUUUUGGCAGUGAUUGGAGGCUGGUAACUUGUGUAGCAUUCAUUUGAAAUGAUGUAACUAGUAUACCAAUUCAAUUCUUGUGGAAUUUUGUACUACUCUUCAACAGCCUUUUGGUUAUACUGAAUGAAGCAUUGUGUCACUCUGGAAAUACUAAAGAUUCUAACAGAUGAUUCUUGAUGUGUCAUUAAA